UAUUUCAGUAUGGAGAGAGGAGAGUUAACCUCCUUGGUCUCCUAUCAGGUUUAUACUUCGGGUGUUCCCAUGUCCUGACGCAGUAAGCCCGUGGAGAUUUUGUCUUGUUGGUAAUGAGGUGUAGUAACUGGAUUUUCUGCUCUUUUGGCUGUAGGAUGAGCAGUGUCCCAGUGAAGGAACGGGUAAAGGUGUCUCAGAACUGGAGGCUGGGCCGCUGCCGAGAGGGGAUUCUGCUGAAGUGGAGAUGCAGUCAGAUGCCUUGGAUGCAAUUAGAGGAUGAUUCUCUGUACAUCUCCCAAGCUAAUUUCAUCCUGGCGUACCAGUUUCGCCCAGAUGGUGCCAGCUUGAACCGUCGGCCUCUUGGAGUCUUCGCUGGGCACGAUGAGGAUGUUUGUCACUUUGUGCUGGCCAGCUCACAUAUUAUCAGUGCAGGAGGAGAUGGGAAGAUUGGUGUUCAUAAGAUUCACAGCACCUUUGCUGUCAAGUACUCGGCUCAUGAACAGGAGGUGAACUGUGUGGACUGCAAAGGGGGCAUCAUUGUGAGUGGCUCCAGGGACAGGACUGCCAAGGUAUGGCCUUUGGCCUCAGGCCGGCUGGGGCAGUGUUUACACACCAUCCAGACUGAAGACCGAGUCUGGUCCAUUGCUAUCAGCCCAUUACUAAGCUCUUUUGUGACAGGGACAGCUUGUUGUGGCCACUUUUCACCCCUAAGAAUCUGGGACCUCAACAGCGGGAAGCUGAUGACACACCUGGGCAGUGACUUCCCCCCAGGGGCAGGGGUGCUGGACGUCAAGUAUGAGUCCCCGUCCACACUGCUGUCCUGUGGCUAUGACACCUAUGUUCGCUACUGGGACCUCCGCACCAGUGUCCGGAAGUGUGUCAUGGAGUGGGAGGAGCCCCAUGACAGCACCCUCUACUGCCUGCAGACAGAUGGCAAUCACCUGCUGGCCACAGGCUCCUCCUACUAUGGUGUUGUGCGACUCUGGGACCGGCGCCAGAAGGCCUGCCUGCACGCCUUCCCGCUGACGUCCACCCCGCUCAGCAGUCCUGUGUACUGUCUGCGGUUCACCACCACGCACCUCUACGCUGCACUCUCAUACAAUCUGCACGUCCUAGACUUUAAGAACCCUUGAUGGGCCACCCCACCUGUGUGCUGAGCCUCUUCUGCCUGGAGCCUGUGUGACGCUUCUUUCCUUCCCCCACUGUGCUCCUGGACCUGCAGCCACAGUGCUUGGCCCCUGAUGCCAGAGGUGAUGUCUCCUGGGGCACUCCCGAGAUCUGUGGGCAGACAGGAUCUGCCGCUGGAGUUUGGCCAGAGUGAGGGUCUGUCCUAGGGAAGGCCAGUCCUGCCCUUGCUGCGCUUCCUGAGCAGCCUGCAGGUGAAAGGGAGCCGCCCUGCUGGCACUGGUCGCCUCCUGUCAGACCCCUCAGUUUGACCAGCCUCCUGGGGCAUUGCAGCCUGUUUCACCUGGGUUCUGAGCUAACCCUACACCUCAGCAGGCUGCGAAAGCAUGUUCCUUUCACCUUUGUGAAAAUAAAGUUCGGUUGUUUGGCA